AUGUCAGCCAAAGCCGCUACUCAGGUCACUCUCCUCGGCUCAACAGGCCUCGUUGGCUCGUCCGCCUUGCGCUACAUGCUCUCAUCAAGCAAUUAUGCCUACAGCUUGACCACCAUCACCCGCUCUACUCCUCAUACAGUUUCUUGUGCGAACGCUUCCACGACACACAGUAACAGGGCGGUAUCCGACAUUGCGGAAGCCGUAAAGGGGUCCGUAGGAUCUCCUGGCGGGGUGUACAUCACUGCACUCGGGACUACGCGUCGUAAAGCUGGCGGAGUGGCUGCUCAGCGAGCUAUUGAUGUGGAUCUGAACAAACAGCUGGCAGCGAAAGCACGAGAAGACGGGUCAACUUAUGUCAUCCUCGUCUCAUCCGCAGGCGCCGAUGCUAAGUCGUCUGGUGCAUAUCCGCAAAUGAAAGGCGAGCUGGAAGAAUCCAUCAAGGGCAUGGGGUUCGAGAAGACCGUCAUUCUCCGCCCCGGCUUCCUGCUUGGGGACAGACCCGGAAUCAGUAUGGGCGAAGCUUUCGGUCAGAAGCUGUUCUACGGGUUCAGACGAGUAGGACUCCCGGUCAAGGGAGUUUGCAUCGACUCUGACGAUGUCGGCGCCGCUAUCGCGUACCUGGUCCAUCAUCCACCUACCGAAUCUGUUUCCACCAUCGUCAACACAGAAAUCGCAGCGCUUGCGCAGCAAUGGCGCGGAGACGCAUAG